AUGUCGGUCAUAGAGAAAAUCAAGGAAAUCGAGGCCGAAAUGGCUCGUACUCAAAAGAACAAGGCUACAUCAUAUCACUUGGGAUCCUUGAAGGCAAAGCUGGCGAAGCUUCGUCGAGAAUUGAUUACUCCAUCUGGAGGUGGAGGUGGAGGUCCUGGUGUUGGUUUUGAUGUAGCAAAGACCGGUGUAGCACGAGUCGGAUUUGUUGGGUUUCCUUCUGUGGGGAAAAGUACUCUAAUGAGUAAAAUUACUGGAACACAUUCUGAAGUUGGAGCUUACGAGUUCACAACAUUGACGACAGUUCCUGGUGUUAUACAAUACAAGGGAGCGAAAAUCCAGAUGUUGGAUUUGCCUGGUAUUAUUGAAGGUGCAAAAGAUGGUAAAGGUCGUGGUAGACAGGUCAUUGCUGUAGCAAGAACAUGUUCGCUCAUCUUUAUUGUUCUGGAUGUCCUCAAACCAUUAACAGACAAACGCAUCAUUGAAAAAGAAUUGGAAGGAUUUGGAAUCAGACUUAAUAAACAACCACCGCAAAUCACAUUCAAAAAGAAGGAAAAGGGUGGUGUGAAUGUGACUUCAACAGUCUCCUUGACGAAUCUAGAUUCUGACAGUGUCAAGGCUAUAUUGAGUGAAUAUCGUAUUCAUAAUGCUGAUGUUCAUUUCAAGGAGAAUGCUACUGCUGAUGACUUGAUUGAUAUCAUUGAAGGAAAUCGAAUUUAUAUACCGGCCGUAUACGUGUUGAACAAGAUUGAUCAAAUCUCCAUUGAGGAAUUGGACAUUGUGUACAGGAUUCCUCAUGCUAUACCGAUAUCAGCACACCAUGGAUGGAACUUUGAUGACUUGCUAGAAAAGAUGUGGGAGUACCUAGGAUUAGUGCGAAUAUAUACCAAACCCAAGAAUCAGCUACCCGAUUACUCUCAACCCGUGGUUAUGCGAUCGAGUGAUUCCACCAUCGAAGACUUUUGUAAUUCUAUACAUAAGGCUCUUAUCAAAGAAUUCAAGUAUGCUCUAGUAUGGGGAUCUAGUGUGAAACACAAUCCUCAAAAGGUGGGCAAAGAACAUCAAUUGCUCGAUGAGGAUGUCGUUCAAAUAGUGAAGAAGACAUAA